GUUUAUGUUUCCCCUCAUCGUUAAUAAAUAUGUUCGCAUCCAGCCAAUCGACUGUCGGUUACCGUGAAAUUGAUAGGGGAAGUGAAGAGGAACUUCAUCACCGACUGCCAGUCGCUGAUAGCGAAUCUACAGAAGAACCUACCCACGGUAUGAGCAUACCUAUCGAUGCUCGACCACCUCGUGUGAGUGAGAAAGUCCAGCCAUCUGUGGUGGCUGUCCAAUACGAUUCGGAGUAUUGGUUGUCAAUGGUUGAGAGACUAGGCUAUGAUCAAGCAGUAUACUGUGGUGACGCAGGCCCUAAUCUCGAGUCCCUCUUGCGAUACUUUGAUUGUACAGCGACAGGGAUGCUGCGCGUGUUCGAUAUGUUCGAUCAAGACCACGACUCGGAGAUGUCACCGUCGGAGGUUGCCCGUGGUCUCCGUCAGCAAGCUCUAUAUACGAGGCAUUCGGGAGAGUCUGAUCUGGCCUUCCAUGAACUGUGUGGGAUUUUGGCAAGCAGGGAUCCCAGAGGAGUUCUGGAUGACAACCCUGAAGAACGGAUUAUCAAACCUCCGGAAUUCAUGGCAGCUCUGAAGUGUCUGAGAAUGGCAGCUCUGCUCCAUGCACCUGAGCAGGCGAAGCAAAUCAGGAUACAUAUCUACGAAUACCGAGAGGAUUUCCUCUAUAGCCGAAACCCCUUGGAGGAUCCGGUGUCGUUCCUAUUCCGACCAACUGCUAUGUCCAGAGUGCUCAACACUAAGAAGAUUCAAAAACCGUUCAGGGUCCGUUGGCUUCAUUCUCAUGAUCCAUCACAAGCUGCUGUGCUGGGUCUCGCAAUCAAAUACGGUUUGGACCCCCGGUUUGUAUUGGAUGUCUUCACGCUAUGGCGCGAGGGGGCUAAAGUCGAUCAUAUCUUUGGGUACAGGCCGACAGGUCGCGGAGAGACGCGGAUAACUCGGAAGAAUCCGCCAUUGUGGUCCAUUAUUAUCAUACCAGUACUGCGGCUCACUCAAACCAGUCGGAAUACUCUGCGGCCAUGGCAAUCGUGGAGAAGACAGAAGCUGCGGAAGGAUUUCCCAAAAGUCGAUAAGACGGUUGAACCGCCUAUUGUAAAGGUGGAAGUCGAGCAAUGCAACCUAGCGAUGUUUGUAACGGGUAAAGCCGAAGGUGGUACACUCAUCAGCUUCUCCAGCGAGUGGGUUACUCUAUGCAAAACCGGUACUGAUCGGGAUGAUGAUGAUAUGAAAGGUAUCAACAAUAGGACGCCGAAACACUGGUGGACUAAGAAAAUAUCGAGUCAGGAGACUGUUGAUGAGGGGAAGUCCACCACCGACAGUCGCACAUGGACGAGAUUCCGCACUUUCACGCACACCAUUACUGAUUGGGAGACGAUGUCGUACGAUAUGAGUAUUUUCCGUAAUGCCUUGGGCAAUCUGAAGACUUCUUACAGCAAUGUGAGAACUGGUGAUACCCACACCUUACUCUUCAAGAUCUUGUGUGAUAUAACUGAAGACUACAUAUUGGUUGGACAAGCUUACGAUGCAUCUUUGUCUGUACUGCAGCGGAGGCUUGAUAGAGAGAUGGAUAAGUUCUAUCAGAAGGACGUCAAACGGCUGCGGAAGAUCGUCAGGCAACUUGGUCAACUUUAUAGAAUGGCGAGACCCGUCUUAGACGUUCUGGAGACUGCCGUGAGCUACAGACAUUGGAGUCCCGACUCGCAGAUGUAUACCUCUGAUAUUCGCAGCAACACUCAUCGAUUUGUGGAGGAAUCUUUGGCGUUGAGGGAGAACGCCAGAAUGAUGCUCGAGCAAUAUCGACAGUAUUGCGAAUCUAAGACGAGCAAUAUCUUGUAUGUUCUCACUCUGGUUACAACCACCUUCGUUCCCGGACAGUUCCUCACAGGCGUCUACGGUAUGAACUUCCAGAAUCCUGUAACGGGUGAUCCGGGAAUGCCUGAGCUGAUGUGGUCUCAUGGGUAUUUAUAUUUUUGGUUGCUCUUGCUGACGAUCACAAGUCUCAUCUUCUCCCUCUACAGGAAGCAGAAAUGGAUUUGAUCUUGGCUGUGUCGGUCCCACACGCAUUUGUAUUUUUCGCACGUACUGCUCCUGCCAGCAUCCGGAUGGUCGCACUAUAGUAGCACGACAAUGUCUACUGCCAUAUUGAUCACACUGUGGAGUCGCAACGGUGCUCGAUCACGGCGUAAACCUCACUUUUAUUGUUAGUAAUAGCAGUUAGUACCAUGUGCAUUA